AUGUCAAUACCCAGUUUACAAGAUUUAAUCAAUGAUAGUAAAGUGGACCCUAAAAUAAACAAACACAACUUCGUCAGAUAUUUAACAUCAAUACAUUGUUUAGAGAAUUUUGAUUUCAUAAUAGAUAUCAAUAAAUAUAAUAAACUUACCAAUGAUAGAGAUAGAAUAGCUAAAUGGAAUCAAGUGAUUAAAAUCUAUCUACUUUCAGAUUCUAUGAAAGAGAUCAAUUUACCUCAUCAAAUCAAGAAUAGUUUGUUGACCAAGAAUCACGUUCCUAAUGAUAAUAAUGUUAAGAAAGCUUAUAAAAUCAUCCAUGAAUUAGUUUCAGAUAACUAUAACCAAUUUUUAAGUAUGAUUAAGAAACAAAGUCAAAGUCAAAGUCAAAGUCAUUCUUUACAAAAUCAUCAAUUAAAUAGUAUGGAUAGAAGAGGAAGUGUUAGUAGAAGAAAUAGUGUAGAUGUUUCAAGUAGGCGAGGUAGUUCAUCAACAGGAACACUGGGAUUUUUUUCAAAUUCUCAUUCCGGAAGCCACUCGGGUAGUCAUUCUGGUAGCCAUUCCGGUAGUAAAAGUAGUAGUAGAAGGCCUAGUGUUAUUGAAUAUCCAAAAAGUCCUAUUAAUAAUCAAACUAAUAAGAAUUUAAAUAUAACUAAAUUACCAUCACCACAACUGGAUGUCGAAGGUAAAAAGAAGACAACAGUUUUUAACAUGAAAAAAUUCAAAUUCAGAAGAAAUUCUAAUGAAAAUUAA